AUGGUAGUGGAAUUAAAUACAAGACUACCCCAGGAGGGUACCAGCAACCCUGGAGAAUCCCUCGCUGAGCAUCCACGAACAAACUACUUCACUCCUGAGCGUGGGUGCUCAGGCUGCCCCGCGUAUUCUGGGGGGGGCAAAAUUCCGCUCGUGACUAAUGCUGCUCGGGGCAAGCGGAGCAAUACAACCAAGGCGACCCCUGUCACGCUAUCCGUGAAUUUUUGCAACAUCAGGGGACUUCAUUCCAACCUUAACGCUGUCCAUUACCAUCUAGAGACGGCGAAGCCGGCCUUGCUCUUUUUAACCGAGACUCAGGUGUCCUCUCCGGCUGAUACUUCAUAUCUCUCCUACCCGGGGUACAAAUUGGAACACUCCUUUGUGCCCCGGGCUGGAGUUUGUGUAUACGUCAGAGAGGACAUCUGUUUUCGACGCCUCGGCAGCCUUGAAGGUACGGACCUGUCCAUCCUAUGGCUGCGCGUAGACAGCGACGACCAUCCCCGCGUCUACGGGUGCCUCUAUAGGUCCCAUAGCGGUAAUGCCGACACAGACCGACUCAUCGACCACGUCCAAAUGGCUGCAGACUCCGUGCUACAACAGGUCCCAUCCGCAGAGAUCGUGAUACUCGGUGAUUUCAACGCCCACCACGCUGAAUGGCUUGGUUCUCGUUCAACCGAUCAUGCGGGUAGAUCUGUCUACGACUUUGCUUUGGCAUAUGGUCUAACACAACUGGUUACUUCGCCUACGCGGAUCCCAGAUGUGGAAGACCAUGUACCUUCCCUGUUGGACCUUCUGCUGACCUCUCAUCCGGACGGAUAUCAGGUCUCCGUCGAUGCCCCUCUGGGCUCUUCGGACCAUUGUCUGAUCCGGAGCACAGUGCCACUCACGCUCCAAUCGCAGUUGCGAUCUACAGCUUGCCGCCGUGUUUGGCACUAUAGGUCAGCUGAUUGGGACGGGAUGCGGUCUUUUUUUGCAUCCUACCCUUGGGGGCGGGUUUGCUUCUCGCCGGAAGAUCCCAGCGUUGUUGCCGAUUCUGUUGCUGAUGUGGUACUUCAGGGUAUGGAACUUUUUAUUCCAUCCUCUGUGGUGCCCAUCGGAGGCAGAUCCCAGCCAUGGUUUGGUCGCUCCUGUAAAAUAGCAUCACGCUAUAAGCAGGAGUGCUACCGGGCCUGGGCUGACGCAUCAACGUCUCGGGAUUUAAACACCAGCGCACUUAAAAAGAAGUAUAAUUCCGCCUCCAGGUCCUUCAAAAGCGUCAUUGCCAAGGCAAGGUCUGAGCACAUCGGCAGAAUUGGCGAGAAGCUAGUUCGCCUUCCUUCGGGAACCCGUGCAUUCUGGUCUCUCGCCAAGGCUGUCCAAGGGAACUUCUGUCAGCCAUCCCUCCCAUCUCUGCGCAGAGAGGACGACUCACUGGCCCAUGCCGCAAAAGAGAAAGCCGAUCUGUUGUGCUCUCUUUUUGCGUCCAACUCGACUCUAGAUGACGGGGGGAACACACCGCCGACCAUCCCGCGAUGUGAGUGCUCCAUGCCGGAUGUGCGAUUUACACAGCGCUCGGUUCGCAAAGCACUCUUCUCCCUGGACGUCAGCAAGUCGAGUGGGCCCGAUGGAGUCCCUCCCAUUGUGCUGAAGACGUGUGCUCCGGAGUUGGCACCGGUUUUAACGCGUCUUUUCCGGUACUCCUACUCCCAAGGCGUAGUCCCGAAUUCAUGGAAGACAGCUUUGGUCCACCCGAUCCCUAAAAAAGGCGACCGCUCAGACCCGUCCAACUACAGGCCUAUCGCCAUCACCUCCUUGUUCUCCAAAAUAAUGGAAUCCAUUAUAAACUGCCAGCUCAUGAGGUACCUUGAGGAUCACCAGCUGAUCAGUGACCGUCAGUACGGUUUUCGUCGGGGUCGAUCAGCAGGUGAUCUUUUAGUUUACUUAACUCAUAGAUGGGCGGAGGCAGUAGAGUCCAAGGGGGAGGCAUUGGCCGUUAGUUUGGACAUAGCGAAGGCCUUCGAUCGGGUCUGGCACAAGGCGCUUCUUUCGAAGCUUCCUUCCUAUGGGCUUCCCGAGAAAUUGUGCAAAUGGAUCACCAGUUUCCUUGCUGAUCGGAGCAUCAAGGUCGUAGUAGACGGUGCAUGCUCUGAUUACAAGCCUAUCAACGCUGGUGUUCCACAAGGCUGCGUGCUAUCACCAACGCUGUUUCUCCUGCAUAUCAAUGAUAUGUUGCUAACUGGUAGCAUUCAUUGCUAUGCAGACGACAGCACUGGGGAUGCCUUAUAUACCGGCCGUGCCAAUAUUUCUCGGGAAAACGUCGCCGAGUACCGGGACAAACUUGUGUCUGAAGUCGAGUCUUUGCUUAACAAAGUCUCGGAUUGGGGCCGACUAAAUCUAGUCCAGUUCAAUCCCCAGAAGACACAAGUUUGCGCGUUUACCGCUAAAAGGAACCCCUUUGUCGUAUCUCCUCAGUUUCAAGGCACUCCCCUUGCUGCCUCAGCCAGUAUCGGAAUCCUUGGCGUCGACAUAUCGAAUAGCGUGCAGUUUCGUGGUCACUUGAAAGGGAAUGCCAAAUUGGCCUCUAAAAAGCUUGGCGUGCUCAGCAGAGCGAGACAGUAUUUCAUGCCGGCACAUCGCUUGCAACUUUACAAAGCGCAAGUUCGGCCCCACAUGGAAUACUGUUCUCAUCUCUGGGCCGGGGCACCCCAGUGCCAGCUCCUUCCACUUGACCGCAUCCAGCGCAGAGCGAUUCGAAUCGUCGACGACCGAGUUCUUUCCGAUCGGCUCGAUACACUGGCACUGCGUAGAGAUGUUGCAUCUCUUUGCGUAUUUUAUCGCAUCUAUCACGGGGAGUGCUCUGAGGAAUUGUUCGGACUAAUUCCAGCCGCUCAAUUUCACCAUCGCACGUCGCGACAAAACUCGCGUUACCAUCCAUACCAUCUGGAUGAUUGGCGGUCCACCACUGUGCGAUUUAGAAGAAGUUUUCUCCCUCGCACAACUUCUUUGUGGAAUCAAUUACCACCAGCGAAUUUUCCGAACCGAUACGACUUAGGAACCUUCAAGAAAAGAGCUUACACCUUUCUAAAAGGCCGGCAACGCAUCUGCAAUUCCCCUGGUGUUGCGGUUGUUCAUGGGCGGCGGUAG